AAAUGAAAAAUUAAAAAAAGAGUCGUCUUACCGAUAGAAGUCGAAUUUGGAAUGUUCACCAAGAUGGCGGCCGACCUUUACAGUGAACUUGGACUGCUGACAUUGCAAAAUAAUGGUUGUGUUUACUUAUAAUCAAUUAUUAAUUUGCAAGUUAUAUGAAUAUUUUAGCUACAAAAACCAAAGUUUCAAAAUAAAAUUAUUUUUCAAAAUCGAUUUGAGCUAGACUAUAAUAUAAUAACAUAAUAUUAUAAUGUUGAAGAGUGAAGUUAUUCUACUGUACCAGGUUCCAGGUAAGACAAACAGAUUUGAUUAAAAAUCAAACUUUUUAAAAUAUAUAGGUCCAAUUUAUUAUUCAAUAAAUAAUGAUUUUUUUGCCUUUUACUUAUGUAAUGAUAUAGUUAGCUUUUCACGAUUAUCAAAUCAUUCCCGUAACAAAUAACGUUUUGUAAAAUCAACACACAUUGCUAUUGGGUUUUCCUCUUGUUUAUAGAGCGAAAACUGUGAGUAUUCCCUUUCGAGUCCUUACCCUACCAACAAAUAUGUCCGCCCCAUCAACAUCUUCAGCGGAGACUACGGCACAAAAUCCCACUAGCAGUGUCCCUGAUCAAGCACGCUUACAAAAGUCGACGCCAGUGGUAGCAGCCAGUGCAAAACGGCUUGCUGGUCUUACUUUCACCGCACCUUCGUUCCAACUACUUAAUCCAUCAAAAGCAGCAUUUAGUGUACCUUCCGUAUACUACUAGAGCAAUUGGAUUUGCGUCUCAAUUCAUCAUCCAACGCAUCCAGCUUCUAAAACCAAACCUCAUCUUUGAUGUCCAUAAACUUUAUCGUAUAUCACAUUUCCAAUUAUCACUACAACUCCUUCUUGCUUCCGAGCAACGCAGAGCUUCAGACUAUCUGACUCCACCCCGAUCGAUCAAGAUAUGCCGUAGCCCUAUAAAUAUUCUUCUAAUGCAUUUUAUAUUAAUAAAAUGAAAAUAUUUUAAAUAAAUAAUAUUUUUUUGACAUUAAACAUGUAUUUUGUGUUGGUAUUUAUACUAAAUGGCGACUGUGAAAAUUAUUGUUAUCUGUCUAGAUCUUUAUAGACUCAUAAGUUUUCAAUAAUGCACUUCAAUUGUACAUACUUGUCUACACAUAGACACUUUACAAAUAUUACUAUAUUAUAAUAUAAUAAUAUGCUUUUAUUGCCGUCAUGAUGACGAUAGAGAGAGAUAGAAGAACAGCGUUUCCGAUUCUCUACCUUGUAACUGUCUUCUAUGAAGGAUAUCUGAUCCAGGUAUAUCUGAUGUAAUAUUAACUGUUCAUUCUUGUUUGAAAUAAUCAAUUAUGUUCUAUUCCUCAGGGAAAAAUUGAAGAUUGCAGGAGGUUUGUGUCAUAAGGUUCUAAUCCAUCCUGAAAUGUGUAAGUCCCUAGCUUGGACUCUAAACUUGUUGACAAUUUUAGUUAUUUUUCUUCCCAUUCAUAUCCAACACUUUCUUAUUUUUUAGGAAACAUGGAGUCUGUAAUCUACCCCCAUGUCAGUGUAGAGAAGCCUGUUCAUGAAGACACAAAAUCCUUCAACGCAAGCCGAACAUCUGAGCCAGCGGCAAGUGGAAUACCUGGCUGCUAUUCCAAUCGAGGAAGAUGAUUCCGUCGCAGGCGAAGACGACCUGGCCUGCAUCACCUGCGAAGUCCACAAGCGCUCCUACAUUUCAGAGCCUUGUGGACAUUUUGUUAUGUGCGGAAGGUGCGUGAGUGUACAUCGUCACUCGGUGAACGACAAUGACUUAGACGUGCCAUUAGCAAUAACGUGCCCCGUCUGCAGAAGAACCUUGGCGGGGUACCGAAGGAUUUACCAAUAAAGCUAUUUUACCGA